UCUCCUCUCCCUAUAUGUAGGUUUCUCUCUCUGUUUUGAGUCUUUGUGCUAGUCGUUCUUUCUUCUUCGACUGGUUUCAAUAUGUCAAUGGCCGUAACAAGGCUCUCUCCCAGCACAUUAUGGAAUUCCAAAAUGCCCAGUCUCUUUUAUAUCACUCUUAUAGCAAUUCUUUGCGCUACUUUUUACCUUGUUGGAAUAUGGCAACACUCGUUAGGUCCUAUCCCCAACUCCUCCUCCUCCUCAUCCUCCUCCUCCGCCGCCGCUGGCUUCCUAAUAUCAGCCCCCUGCUCUUCGCUCCAAUCCAACCAACUCGACUUCUUGCCCCACCACCUUCCCCCUGACCCAUCUCCCGUGGGGGCGCGUGUCCCUCACCUCCCUCCAUGUGACCCUUCCUUCUCUGAAUACACCCCAUGCGAGGACGUUCAAAGAUCGUUGAAGUUUGACAGAAACAUGCUUAUCUACAGACAGAGGCACUGCCCUGAGAAGAAAGAGUUAUUGAAUUGUAGAAUUCCGGCUCCGUACGGUUACAAGGUUCCCUUUAGGUGGCCUGAGAGUAGAGAGUUUGCAUGGUUCGCUAACGUGCCACAUAAAGAGUUGACCGUGGAGAAAAAGAACCAGAAUUGGGUUAAGGUCGAAGGAGAGCGGUUCACGUUCCCUGGCGGCGGCACCAUGUUCCCACGUGGCGCUGACGCUUAUAUUGAUGAUAUCGAUAAGUUGAUCAAUCUCAAAGAUGGCUCAAUAAGGACCGCCAUUGAUACCGGUUGCGGGGUUGCGAGUUGGGGAGCUUACCUUCUAUCUCGGAACAUCCUAGCAGUGUCAUUUGCACCAAGAGACACCCAUGAAGCUCAGGUUCAAUUUGCUCUUGAACGAGGAGUGCCUGCAUUGAUCGGAGUCCUUGCCUCCAUUAGGCUUCCUUACCCUUCAAGAGCUUUCGACAUGGCUCACUGCUCUCGUUGCCUCAUACCGUGGGGCCAGUAUGAUGGGCUUUACUUAAUUGAAGUUGAUAGAAUUCUACGUCCUGGUGGUUAUUGGAUUCUGUCUGGACCACCAAUAAACUGGGAAAAUCAUUGGAAAGGUUGGAAUAGGACGGCUGAUGAUCUCAAAGCAGAACAAUCCCUGAUUGAGACUGUUGCUAAAAGAUUAUGCUGGAAAAAAAUUGUACAGAAAAAUGACCUUGCGAUUUGGCAAAAACCAACUAAUCAUAUCCAUUGUAAAGUUAUCAAGAAGGUUUUCAAGCAGCCACGCUUUUGCCAGACUCAAAAUCCUGACAUGGCAUGGUACACAAAAUUGGAGACCUGUUUAACCCCACUGCCUGAAGUAUUCAAUAUAAAGGAAAUAGCCGGUGGGCAAUUAACAAAAUGGCCUGAGAGAUUGAAUGCGAUCCCUCCCAGGAUCAGUAGUGGAAGUUUGACAGGAAUUACAGAAAAAAUGUUCGUAGAAAAUACAGAGGUUUGGAAGAAGAGAGUAGCAUAUUACAAGAAAAUAGACUAUCAGCUGGCAGAGACAGGGAGGUACCGGAACUUGUUGGAUAUGAAUGCUUAUUUGGGAGGCUUUGCAGCAGCUGUUAUUGAUGAUCCUGUCUGGGUCAUGAACGUUGUCCCAGUUGAGGCUGAUCAGAUCAACACUCUUGGAGUUGUCUAUGAACGUGGAUUAAUUGGAACGUAUCAAAAUUGGUGCGAGGCAAUGUCUACUUAUCCUAGGACGUACGAUUUCAUUCAUGCUGAUUCCAUUUUCAGCCUCUACAAAGACAGAUGUGAAAUGGAGGAUAUUCUUAUAGAAAUGGACAGGUUUUUACGACCAGAAGGCAGUGUAAUCAUUAGAGACGAUGUUGAUGUCUUGUUGGAGAUCAAGAACAUCUUAGAUGUCAUGCAAUGGGAUGGUAGAAUCGUAGACCAUGAAAAAGGACCCCAUGAAAGAGAGAAGAUUCUUUUUGCUGUCAAGCAAUAUUGGACUGCACCAAAACAAAAUCAACAAGGAAUUAAAACACUUUCGUAAAGAUGACAAACUUGAACUG